AUGAAAUGCAAUGUUAUGAAACGUCAUUGGCUGAACGUCCACACGCCUUUUGCAAACCCGAAACAGCUCAGCACAAGCCUCGCUCAGGUGAUCCAUGCUCGUCUGAAGGCCCACAGUCAGCAUGUUGUCCGCACACAGAGCCAUGGCCGCCCGCCGUCUCUUCAAAGCCUCUGUCAUCACUUCCAGCUCCCCCUGCUCCCUGCUCCACACCAGCCUCAGAUGCUCGGAUCAGUCCCAGAUCCACCCGGAAUGGGCCAGCCUGGCGAAAAAGCAGCUCAAAGGGAAGAAUCCAGAAGACCUCAUAUGGCGGACGCCUGAGGGACUAAAUAUCAAACCUGUGUACACUAAAGCGGACUCGGCUUCCAGUGCAGAUGAACUCCCGGGGGUGUUUCCUUACACUAGAGGGCCCUAUCCCACCAUGUACACAUACAGACCCUGGACCAUCAGGCAGUACGCAGGCUUCAGCACAGUGGAGGAGAGCAACAGGUUUUAUAAGGAUAACAUCAAAGCUGGACAGCAGGGUCUAUCAGUGGCCUUUGACCUCCCCACGCAUCGCGGCUACGACUCGGACAACCCCCGCGUCCACGGCGAUGUCGGCAUGGCGGGCGUCGCCAUAGAUACGGUGGAGGACAUGAAGAUGCUUUUCGAUGGCAUUCCCCUGGAGAGAAUGUCUGUUUCAAUGACAAUGAACGGAGCGGUGAUCCCGGUCCUGGCCAUGUUUAUCGUGACCGGAGAAGAGCAGGGGGUGCCUAAGGCAAAGCUAACGGGCACCAUCCAGAAUGACAUUUUAAAAGAGUUUAUGGUCAGAAAUACGUACAUUUUCCCACCAGAGCCCUCCAUGCACGCCAUAGCAGACAUCUUUGCCUAUACAUCUAAGCAUAUGCCCAAGUUCAACUCCAUAUCCAUCAGCGGAUACCAUCUGCAGGAGGCCGGGGCUGACGCCAUCUUGGAAGUGGCCUACACCAUCGCUAACGGUCUGGAAUACUGCCGCACCGGGCUGAAGGCAGGUUUAACCAUCGACGAAUUCGCUCCCAGACUGUCAUUCUUUUGGGGCAUUGGGAUGAACUUUUACAUGGAGAUCGCCAAACUGAGGGCGGCGCGCAGACUCUGGGCUACACUCAUCAAGGAGAACUUUAACCCGAAAAACGCCAAGUCCCUCCUCCUUCGCACACACUGCCAGACAUCAGGCUGGUCUCUCACUGAGCAGGACCCUUAUAACAACGUGAUCCGCACUGUGAUUGAAGCCAUGGCCGCGGUCUUCGGGGGCACCCAGUCUCUCCACACCAACUCCUUUGACGAGGCUUUGGGUUUGCCCACGGUGAAGAGUGCCCGCAUCGCCAGGAACACUCAGAUCAUUAUACAAGAGGAGUCUGGCAUUCCUAAAGUGGCAGAUCCCUGGGGUGGCUCGCACAUGAUGGAGGCUCUGACUAAUGAUGUCUACUGCACUGCCCUCAAGUUCAUUAAAGACAUUGAGGAGAUGGGGGGUAUGGCCAGAGCCGUGGCAGAGGGCAUCCCCAAACUGCGCAUCGAGGAGUGUGCCGCCCGCAGACAGGCACGCAUAGACUCAGGUUCGGAGGUCAUCGUCGGUGUGAAUAAAUACCGUCUGGAGAAGGAGGAGACGGUGGAAGUGCUGGCUAUAGAUAAUACCGCAGUACGACAGAAACAGAUUGAAAAGCUAAAAAAGGUGCGUGAGAGCAGAGAUCCAGAGGUGGCGCAGAGGUGCCUCGCUGCUAUAGAGGAGUGUGCCCGAACGAGACAGGGGAACCUUCUGGAGCUGGCUGUGGAGGCUGCACGGGCCAGAUGCUCCGUGGGUGAAAUCACCGACGCCAUGAAAAAAGUGUUUGGAGAGCACAAAGCCAGCACCCGGAUGGUGAGUGGAGCCUAUCGCAGCGAGUUUGGGGAACACGAAGAGAUCGCCUUAGCUCUCAACAGAGUUGCAGAAUUUAAGAAGCUUGAAGGCCGUAACCCCCGUCUCCUCGUGGCUAAAAUGGGGCAGGAUGGACACGACAGAGGGGCCAAAGUUAUCGCUACAGGAUUUGCAGACCUGGGCUUCGAUGUGGACAUUGGACCACUCUUUCAGACUCCGGUGGAGGUGGCUCAGCAGGCCGUGGACGCAGACGUUCACUGUGUCGGCGUGAGCACUCUCGCGGCCGGACACAAAACUCUGGUCCCUGAACUCAUCAAAGAACUGCGCAAACUUAACCGCCCCGACAUCCUGGUGAUCUGCGGAGGGGUCAUUCCACCUCAGGAUUACGAGUUCUUGUACGAGAGCGGAGUCUGCGCCAUCUUUGGUCCUGGCACCAGAAUCCCACAGGCAGCGGUGGAGGUGCUGGAAAACAUCGAGAAGAGUCUGGAGACGAUCAGACAGGCCCUGUGAACACAAGAGAGCUUCAUCCUGUGUCACAUACACUUCACUGCACCGAAAUAGACUCUGUGUGAUAAACAAACUCCAAACUCAAAACAGGAUGUACGUAAUUAUUCUUGAUGAUGUUUUUCUAUUUUGGUAACACUUUAGUUUAGGGACAACAUACUUAAGGCUGAUUAGGAGUAAUACGCAGACUAAUGGUGUCUUCACACUUUGGGUUUGGGCACAGUUGAAGUUCUAAUGUAGAUUUGAUCUGGUCCUGCUUUAGUCCUGGUUUAGUUCUUGUCUAGCCUUGGUUUAGUUCCAAGUUUAGUUCCAGUUUAGUUUAAAUGGUCCUUAUUACACUAUUUUCUGAUCUCUCUUAUAAUGUAGUUUCCUCAUCACAAACAAACAGACCUGGACUUGUGUUUUGUUUCAUUCACACAUUUAACAUACAAAUACUGUAUAUUUAGGCGGAGUGCUUCUCUCAAACUGAACAAACUAAUACUGAUGAAUGUAAUACAGGAAGUGCUCCACUGUGGUUUUAAACUCCAUACACUUUUGCUGGAAUCAUUUGGAUCAUUUCAGCCCUGGAAUUGCAGUCUGUACUGAACUAAAGAUAAAUGGAGCAGCUUCAUGACAUCACAAUGUGGAGCGGAGCAUUUUGAGCCUCGGAGAUGUAAUAAUCCACGAUUACUCAAAUGUGUGUGUGAAUAAAACAAAACACAACUCUGUUUUUGAUGAGGUUACAACAUUAUAACAUAAAACGUAUCACAAGAGUCAUUUUUGUGUAAUAUAGGACCUUUAAUGUGGUAAUUGGGCAAAAGUGAAUACAUCAUAAGUGGUUAAUUAGAUCUUUGCUGAUAAUAAAGUAUUAUUAUGUAUUUCACAAAAAUGUUUUCCACCAUAUUCUUAAUCGUGUUUUUUUUUUAUACUAUCUGAAAUAUUAUCUUGAUAUGCAUAGGUGUACUGCAUAACAUUUCCAGUGGAGGGUCCACCACCUGCUUGUCUCCAUGGAAAUGUUAUAGUUUAAUGUAGAAUGUUCCACAGUAUAGAUUAAACCCGUCUAUCCUGAGUGAGACGCCACUACGCUACAUUACAGUUCAGAUUUGUGGAGAGUCUGCCCUAUUCACAGAAGGAAUUAUUAUAUUUUGAGCAAUAGAAACACCCAUAAUAAAUGCUAGAUGUUCAUAACAUGAAACAUUCCAGGGAACACAGUAACAUCUUCAUGGAGACAAGCAGGUAGCGGACCCUCCACCUUUAAUUUGUGGUCCCUAAACUAAAUUGUUACCUCAAUUUUCUGUAAAGUAAGGACCCAGACUGGAAACGCUUUUACUGAAUGUUUCUGAAACAGUUCAAUUCCACAUGAUCAGAUAAAAAAUUUACACAUUAUAUAAUUUCACUUUUGUAAUAUUUGAUAAGAAUUCAACCCAAUGUACUAAAACUUUGAAACACAGAAGUAGUGAUUUUAUGUUGUAUUUCAGUAGACUCUAUUCACACUCACCAGAAGACUUUUGGAAACAUGUGGAUGACGACUUCCGGUGUAGUUCCCGACAGUGGGCUUGUGAUAAAACCAUGGAUUCAGGAGCAGCGUCUUCACAACCUGACAAAGUUUUCCAUGGCAACAAACUGGUUGGAACUGUUAGUCAAAAAAAGAUGUAAUUUUAGCGUUUCUUUAUGUUCCGCAGAUUAAGUGAGACAAAUGAAUAGGAAAUUUCUAAAAGGAAAAAAAGAAAGAAUACAAUGACGUCUAAAUCAAGAAAACUGGCCCAUUUUCUCAGUUUUCUUAAAGUUACUAUCACCAAAAAAGCCCAAAAGAAGUCGUCAUCUGCAUGUUUCCAAACGUCUUCCGGUUUUGUGACAUAAUGGAGCAUUUUUUUAAGCUAAAGUCCAUGAUAUGAUUUUUGUCAAGUCCCCAAAAUAUUGAAAACCUACUCUAUAAAUCUCAGAAAUGCAGUAGAUUAAUUGUAUAAUUUUACUUUACUUUACCACCAUGUCUUCUGUUGCCUUUUUUAUUCAUGAUUAAGAUUUCCAAGAUUCAAGUGGUAAUGUCAGAUUCACCAGGUUUUUUUUUUUUUUUUUUUUUUGGAAUUGAUUUAGUAUUU